CUUUUGAAGAAAUACAAAACCAGUAUUGAUCCAUGUAGUCGGGCGCUCAAAAAGGCAACGCGUUAUUUUUCAAGCGUCUUGACGAGGCAACCGGAAAGAAUGGCAGAUUUGUCACAGUACACCUUACCAAACAGUACAGAUGUUUGUCUGUUAGACUGUAUCACAGCAUUUAAGAAUCUCAAUGAUAGAGAGAAGAAAUAUGCCCAUCACAUAUCACAAGCUUCAUGGUAUGGUGGGCUUAUUGUACUAGUACAGACUUCCCCAGAAUCACCUGGUAUAUUCCUCCUCCUACAGAAGAUGUUUAGAGCCCAACCAGUGAAUGAACUUAAGAAUUUGGCCACUGAGCUAGGGCUGUCAACAGAAGAAAUUGAUGCUCUUCUGAUCUAUGCAGCAGGUUUCUACUCAAAUAUGGGAAACUAUAAAUCAUUCGGAGACAGCAAAUUUAUCCCUAAUCUUCCAAAGGAAAAGUUUGAAGCUAUGGUCUAUGGCAGUGUGGCAGGUAAAACUGAUCCUGUAGGGAUGAAAGCUCUGUGGAAUGCUGUAUCUGACAGAAUGUAUUCACUGGAAGACAGACAGAGAGAACUAGGGCUUGGAGAAAAGGGAACAACCUCGUAUUUUUCCAGCAACUGUGAUCUACAAGAUGCUGAGGUUGCACAAGAGUUCCUCAUUGCCAAAAAUCUCAGUGCCUAUAAUACAAGACUGUUCAAAAAGUGCACUCAAGGAUCUGGCGAAGUUGAGUAUGAAGUGAGACUGGCAUCAGCAGAGACUGGGUGCUCUGGAGCUAUGCCUGGAUGUCCAGAGGAUAUUUUGGGAACUCACAAGUUUACACCGAAAGGUUGGUCCACACCUGCAAUAUUCCAUGUAACAAGGGGAGAUUACUCUAAACUUAUGGAUCUUGUAGCAAAGAAUCUGGAAAAAGCAAAGGGUGCUGUAGCAAAUGCAAAUGAAGAAAAGAUGUUAAGUGAAUAUAUAAUAAGUUUUACAACUGGAUCAUUACCUGCACACAAAGAAGGUUCAAGGUACUGGAUCAAAAAUAAAGGUCCGGUUGUAGAAACAUACAUUGGUUUCAUAGAAUCAUACAGAGAUCCAUUUGGUGUGAGAGGAGAGUUUGAGGGGUUUGUUGCUGUGGUGAACAAAGAAAUGAGUGCUAAGUUUGGACAGCUGGUAGAGAAAGCAGAGCAACUUCUUGGCUUGCUACCAUGGACAGCAGCCUAUGAGAAAGACAAGUUUCUGAGACCAGAUUUUACAUCACUUGAUGUGCUUACAUUUGGGGGAUCAGGAAUUCCAGCUGGCAUCAAUAUACCAAAUUAUAAUGAGAUCAGACAAGAUGAGGGAUUUAAAAAUGUGUCGUUAGGCAAUGUUCUUACGUCUGGUUACAAGGAUACAAAAGUUACAUUCCUGUCUGACAAAGACAAGGAGUUGUAUACAAAGUUGAAGAUACCGUCUUUCGAAGUUCAAGUCGGACUGCAUGAGUUACUGGGACAUGGGAGUGGAAAGUUGUUUAAUGAGGAUGAGAAUGGAAAACUUAAUUUUGAUAUCGAGUCGGUCAAACACACAGAGACUGGAGAAAAGAUUACUAGUUGGUACAAGGCUGGGGAGACUUGGGAGAGUAAAUUUUCUACCAUAGCUCCAACUUACGAGGAAUGCAGGGCUGAAUGUGUUGGAAUUUACUUAUGCUUGUCCACUGAUGCUCUAAGGAUAUUUGGUCAUGAGGAAAAGGAUGGUGAUGACAUUAUAUAUAUAAACUGGCUGAACAUGGUGCGUGCUGGUCUGCUUGCUCUAGAAUUCUACUCUCCCGAGACACGCGCAUGGAGACAAGCACAUAUGAAUGCAAGGUUUGUGAUACUGCGUGUACUGUUAGAAGCUGGUGAAGACUUGGUGACAGUUAAGAAGAUCACUGGUGAAGAUGGCAACCCAGAUAUCCGUAUUACCCUUGACAGGUCAAAGAUCCUCUCUGUCGGUAAACCAGCCAUAGGUGAUUUCCUGAGAAAAUUACAGGUUUACAAAGCGACUGCUGAUGUAGAAGCAGGCAAGAAGAUGUAUGAUACAUACUCAGAUGUUCAUGAUAAUGAGGAACCACAUUUCAUCUCUCUCCGAGAAAUUGUUCUUGCAAGAAAACAACCGAGGAAAAUGUUUGUUCAGCAUAAUACAUCUUUAUGUGAAGAUGGCAGUAUAGGUCUACAGAGCUAUGAAGCAAGCCCAGCAGGUCUUAUCCAGUCAUGGGUUGACAGAUUUCCAUCCACUGAUGUUGAUGAGAUCAUACAGGAACUCUGGCAGAAAGAUAAACCAUACUUCGAGUAGAAGAAUACAGCAAAAACUGUACAGCUAGUGAAUGAGAUACAAAAACUGAGGGGAACGGGAACAUAUAAACUGAAAAUAUAGAUGAAGGAAAUCAGGUGGAAAAAAAAACAGCAACUUUUUCAUUGAAAUCUGAAUAACAGCUAUCACUUUCUGUUGUAAUACCUCAGUAGGUUUUUAGUGUAUAGUGGAAACUUGGUGUCUUAAUCUUACUUGUGUCCCGAAGAAAUUCUUUAUUCCCAUCAAAUAUUCCUUAUUAUUGCGUGUAUAUUUAACUUGGUGUAAGUCAGAUUUGUCAUACUUUGUUUUCGGUUGUGUCAAAUGAGUUUUAAGUUACAUCACUCAAAUAACUGAAUAUUUAUAGCUUGACAUAUUGAAUUAAAAAGUUUGCUACAUACAUAAAUACUUGAUUUUUGCUCACAAAUAUGAAAUAAGUUAAAAAUGAAUAAAAUGCAUUGCAAAUCUUCUAGUAUUUUAAGUAUGAAAUGUGUUAUGUCCUGUAUACAUGUAUAUGAGGCUAUGGCAAAACAGUAAGCAAAAAUACCUGCAUCAAGUACCCAUGUUAAGUAAAAUUUCAGCUGUCUUGAAUUUAAAGGCUUGCUUCCUUCAGAUUUGAGAUACUAAGUUUCAGCUGUAGUUUUUCAUCAUUUAUAUGUUUUUCACUUUUGAUAAAAUAUAUAUACAUAAUGAAUUUUUUCUCUCUGUAUUAAACAAUAUAUCAUAAAAAAAAUAGUAAUCUCUGUUUUAUGAUUUGUAAUAAAACCAAGUAAAUUUUGAACAUAUAAAAAAACAGAUGUAGCUUGACCUGAGAGAGAAUCAUUUCAUUUAACUGAGUGAUAUGGUAAUGGGUUUCCUAGCAUGUUGUAUAUCUCUAUCAUAACUCAGUUGCAUCUUGUCUCCACAACAGUUGCAUAAUAUUCACGUUUGCUAUUCUUAUGGCAUGGUUGAUAGUACAUUUCAACUGAUGACACUAUGUUAUAUUUAAUUUUUCCUUGAAAUGAGAGAAAUCUUUUACUGUUGCAAUGCAAAAUUUAAAUUGAAUUGAAAUCUCAGAAUUAAACAGUAAUUGAAUUACUGUAAAAACACUGAAAUUCAGACCUUCAGAUUUUCAAAGUCCAGUUUUUUCUCAUAAUUUUAAUGAAAAAAAAAAAGCACUUUAAUACCUUGAAGCAGAUUAAUUUUCAUGGCCAUAAAGGAAUAUUAUAAAAUAUACUCGGAAUACUGGACGACAUGUUAAACUUUAGGGAAAUGUUAAUUUGACACAAGUUUUUACUGUGUUUUCUUAAAUAAUAACAUCGUUAUUAUCAUUUUCACCACCAGAUAGAAAAUAUGUAUAAAAUUGCAAAACAUGGAUAGUAGAGAAUAGUAGACAGAAAAAACAGGAGUUGUUAUUAAUGUUAAUCAAUUAAAAUUGCUCUCCAUAAUUUUCUUUCCGACAAAAACAACAUAAUAUGCCUUUCUUUGAGAACAAAAUGCCUAUUUAUCUCUCUUAUUUCUCAAUUAAAGUAGUACUUUCACCUUACAUUGCAGUUAUUGUUUAUAAUUGUGCUAGACCAUGCUUUAUUAUAUUAAUUAUCACAUUAAAAGAUUGCAAGGAACUAAUGGUAGUAAUUAAUUCCAGUCAAAAGCAAACAACUGUUUUCAGAAAGAGCAAGUUGAUUAUUAUCAUCAGAGUUUCAUCACGAAUCCAGUGCCAGACAUAGUAUAAAAUGGACAUAAUUGAACACAGCAUAUGAUAAACAAAUCCCAAAAGGGUCUAAAUGUGGUGGUUUUAACAGCAGUUAUAUCAUUUAAGUAAUCAUAGUUAAACUGUAAGCAGUGCUCAGCACUUCUGGUCAGACAAUGCUAUUUAUCUAGCUCACCAGUUUGUUUCAAAACAGGGAGACUUUUGACAUGAAUAAAAGACAUGUAAAAUGAAAUGUUGAUCUAUAGCAAAACCAUGUUUUAGCAUAUCAAAACAAUACGAUGAGUUUAUAUGUUUGCGGAAUAAUUCCACUAGGGAGUAGCCUGAGUGAAAUAUACACAGCAUACAAAAUUGUGUCCCCUUUUCUUGUAGUAUCCUUCUCCCGUCAUGCCAAGGUAUUUUUGUUUGUUUUAAUUGUAAUAUCAUCCUGUAGACAGAUAGUUUACAGUUCUGAUUUCUGAACAAUGAGAGUAAUAUGAAAGUUUGUUUAAUCUUGCAAGUAACAUAUGACCAUACUGUGACAGUCAGUUGGGGGCACCUGUGUCCUAUGGACAAAUGUCUUGUUUAACCUGUGACUUAUUGUUGUUUUCUUUCAGCAUGUGGGCUUUUGCAUGCUUUGACUAGAAUAGUGUUGUAAUGCACAUUUACAUUAAGAUACAUACUAUUUGUUUUCAAGACAUCUGAAGCUGUGUACAGAACUGAUAAAUAUAAUGUUAGAGUAAUAUUAAAACAGAAGAGGUUGUAAAUAUUCUAUUAAAUAGUAAUGAAAUGGCAGCUAUGAAAUCCAUAAAAUUAUUUAUACGUUAAAACAAGCUGCUAAAAUACUGGUUCCUAGCUUUAUCAUUUUGAAACAUUUUGAAUUUUGUUCUUGUCUUUCUUAAUAUUUUUCUUUCAUAUAUUUGUCAUUUAUAUUUUUGAUAUUUGCUCGAAUUUUUGAAAAAAAUUUACAAUAAUAAAAAAAAGUUUCAAUAUAAGUCAGGCCAGCAUUAAUGGACAGGAGAGCGUUCGCUUCCUAGCUUUCGGAUCAGGCUUGACUUUUUCAGAAUUAAUCAGAUAACCAGCUAAGAAUCAUAAAUUGUGAACAGUAGAAUAAGGUUGUUGACUGUUAAAUCACGAUAUAAAAGCAAGAAACCAGUUUGCAGUAGAUAAAAACACAGAAUGCUGCAUAAAAGGGGUAGAGCAGCAGAAGACAACUUAAUUUGUCAAAUGAAUUUUUAUUUUAUUUAUGAGUUGUUAGGUAGAUUAUGUUUUGACUUUUUUUAAAACCUUGCACCUGAACAUACUGUGUUUUUGUCAGAUUUGUUUCACUUGAUUGAUAUGAAAGACAGAAUUAUGUAUAAUACGAAAUAAUAUCUAAUAAUUAAAAAGAUUUUUUAUGUCAUGUGACUAUCACAAUUAACAGAGUAAAUAUUGAUUUUCA